AUGGGCCAAAUCUCAGUCCCGGCUCAAGCGCGGUCUCGUCUUGAACGGCUUCCCGUGGAGAUCAUCCAAGAGAUCUUCCUCCACUCUCUCGAGUUCAACUUCCCUCGAGUCUCCCGGUUCAUAUCUGGGAUUCUCUCUAACACGGUGAUUUAUACCUGGCUCAUCCGACUCGCUUUCAGCAGCACCAACGAGAGUUCAAAACGGGGGCUGUUUACUCCGGAUUUCCUGCCCGCGCCAUUGGAUUUCUGGGCGCUCUCGACGGAAGAGCGACGAGAUCUCCAGACAGACAUCUUGGGAUGCGGCUGGUGCACUUUACCGUUGAUUCGCAAGUGCCAGAGGGAGUACGUGGAGCAGGUCCUUCGGCAUCAGUUGCAUAGCUUGGAAUUCUGUGCCGAGGAUCUCCCCACGCUGGCCGAUCUGGGUCGUCACUUCGAGAAUCCCCAAGAAUGGGAAACAGGUGGGGAGCUUCGCGGCAAAGGCGACCUGAUUCUCAGAGCCCACGACCGGAUCACCCAUCAGGAAGAACGAGUGGCAAUCUGGUUUCACUAUGGAGCCGUCCAAGUGCGCCGGCCCAACAGACUGUACACCCACAACGACAUAUUCCAGCUGCCAGACUGCUCGGCUGUUUGUCCGCCUCGUAUGCCCGACAAGUUGCUCUGCCCCCCGUGGACCGAGACCAAGCUUGAGUUUCUCCAAUUGUUUUCGACAACCGCGUAUAUCGACGAGGAUUCCUCCCUGUCGCGCUCGAGGCGUGUUCUUCGACAGUUGAUUCGGGAUCGUGAUCUAGCGACAUUCGAACGAGUACUGCAGAUGCGCGUUCUCGCACAGGACUACAAGUACCCCCAGCACUGGCCGGUCCCCGUCAUUGUGUUUCGCGCGGCCUUGAAGCAUGCGGACGAACGCGACGAUCCGUUCAUUAAGGUGUUGGUCAAUCAAUGCUGGGAGGAGAUCCCGGACGAUGAUUUGCAGCUGAAACACCAAUUAAUGACGAAAGCAGGGCUGAGCAGCGUGGGAUGA